CAUGGUGUCCUGCAGGAUAAAAGAAGCUGUGUGCAGUCACCUCCAGAGUGAGUUCCUUCUUCUCUGCCUCACUGGACUGAACAGCCAGCAACAGCGGCUCAGACAUGAAGCUGGUGAUGGUCCUCAUGCUGGUCGCCCUCCCCCUUUACUGCUACGCAGGGUCUGGCUGCUCUGUUCUCGGGAAGGCGGUUGAAGAUGGAAUCAAUACUAAUGUGUCCAUGGCUGAAUACAUACUCUCUCUUCAAGAGUUCAUAGACGAUGAAGACACUGCAAAUGCCAUAGGGGAACUUAAGCAAUGCUUUCUCUCCCAGUCAAAUGAAACUCUGGACAACUUCAGAGUGAUGAUGCAAAGCAUAUACAAUAGUCCUCAGUGUGCUUUGUAUUAACUUUCCACGAGACCUUUGGCUCAGAAGACAGCGACUAUUGAUUCGGAUAAACCACAACCUCUCUUUCUUUUCUGUCUUUUGAUCAACAAAUGGCAAGACAAUUGUUGAAACCUCAAACUACAUUUUCCUUUCAAUAAAG